AUGCAGCAUUUGAAAGAAGGUAAGUAUAUGAACAAUCUUUGUUGCCGACAUUUAAAGACUUUUCGGAAUCUAUGUUACGCACAUACGCUUGUGAUUCAUGCCUUCUCACACUUUGAUUCGUUCACGAACAUACAUUUUCUGCAUAUUUUCCAAACUGAGACCCAACGUAAACCAAUCGGAGUCUAGAGUUUGAGUAUAGGGUCUAAAGUGGCCAAAUCAAAGGGGACUGGUGUAACGUAAUUUUUUUAUCUUUCAUUAGGCCUCACUAGAGCACAAUGCGCAACUAAUAAAAGCAUUUUGUUUUACCUUAAACGUCUGAAAAUCCCCAACACAUCGUUCUGGAGACAGCUUACAUGUGAUUUAAUUGAAUAACUUCACUGCGAUACUGUCAUGCAAAAGGUGACCACUGAACUAAUAUUAUCGGAUUCUGCCAGGUCAUUUGACAUUUCUAGCUAACACGUAAGCAGUAAAAUAAUACAAUUCAGCUUCCAUUGCGCCCAGUCACUCAAGAGACGCAUUCACCCUGGUCGUAUCCUGGGACUAAUAUUUGCAAUGAAGCUCACAUUAAGAGAUCCAGGAUUGAAAAUCAACUAUACAAAUUUCGGCAGUUCCUAUUAGAUAUGUUUCCCAUAUCUAUGAAGAAGUAAACACGAUAAACACCUUCAAAGACUGUCGUCUAGCAAACGCCAUUUGUUUUCUUCAAUCCGAUAGAAAUCGUAUAAACCGAAAUUGUCGGUACUGAGAUGCCAGACGAAGCCUGUCCCCAGGGCCAAUCGGCCGGAUAAAUCACUAUCUGUCGCCCCACAAAUAUAUUAUUUUACUCAGGUAAAAACAAGAAAUACUUCGUUAAUCAGCAAUGUCUCCAUUCUAAUCAGAUCAAGAUACAUGUCAAAUGACUAUAGAUACCUUCAGAAGAAGAAGAAUAAGGGGAUGCGAUCAUCGGAACCAGAAGCUUAUUGGCCCGAUGUUUCGGAUUCUUACUCGGACCCAGCAUCAGAGACCGUUGUAGGUAAAGGUAGUGGAGGCACAAGGACUGCACCAUUUAAAGGGUGUAGCUGCCGUGGGGGAAAAUGCGAACUAUAAUUAACAGCCCUCGUGGUCACCGCUGGGGUUCUUAAUUAAGGCGAUGACGGCUCGUCGGUUCGCGUCCGAGUCGUAAAUUGCCGCAAUUAUAUCAUCCGUGUUGGAUGUUGACGCGAUGAUGAUUCAGCUAUUUGCGCCGCUGUUACCAGGAUAGUUGAGCGCUCCCCGCCUCCCACGUGACCGAUUUCCAUGUUCAGGGAAUGUCUCAGCACUGAAUAUGGUGCCGGGAGGUCAUUGAGCUUGUUGAUAGACUGCGGGCCUGAGGACCAUGGUUCGAGCAGCUCGCGGCUCAUGCAGCUACCAACUCUUGCGAGGAUUUUGGCCUCACGAAACUUAAAAUAUGGCCGGAAUCCGUGGAAUGAGCUGGUAACGGAGACCUGGCGUCUUUCCUCCUCACUGCUGCUGCUUGCUCAGCAAUUCCCGUGCGGAGUACUCUCCCAGUUUUUCCGACGUAACUGCUUUGUCUGCAAUUGCAUCAGAUCCGGAAACGUCUCUAUACGUUUCCUGCCGUGGCAGCGGGUCUUUCGGCCGCGGUCGGACGGGCCACCAUGGCCUUGCUUACGACCACCAGCGGAAAUCACGAGAGCUGUCAAUUUUAGUAUGCAUUUGACCUCACGGAAGCUACGAAGUUUAAAUACUGCAGUCUUUGUGCCUCCACUGCCCUCAUCUGAAACCGUCUCUGAUGAUAGGUUCGAGUGAGAAUCCGAAACGACAGGCCAAUAAACUUUUGGUUCCAGUGAUUGCAUCUUCUUCUUCUGAACAGCUUCCCGGAACUCGUCUGAUCGCCUCUAUAAAUACCCUCCUCACUUUCCGGUUAUUUUUUUCCAGGUGAUCCAGAACCUCCCGUCGACCCGGAUAAGUUCACGCUGUAUGACAUGCAUUUCUGCCCCUACUGUCAGCGUGUACGUUACACCCUGGACUACCACCAAAUACCGUAAGAAGGCCUUCUUCAUACAUUAUAUCUACUUCUCCUCUCCCAGACACUCACACAAGCACAAUUUCAAGACCGAUUAUAAUUCAGCAUAUUGCCAAGAUAGUCUAGUCACCUUAGGAUAAUGAAUUUUGUAUGUUUUUCUUUCCGGCCACUUACAAAAGCCGCAUUCAGUAAAAAAGAUCGCACAUAUAGUGAGAUUGUUUCAGUAGAUUUUAGAUGCCUCCAUAUGGUCAAAUAUAUUUUAAAGUGUGCAGUCUAAUAAUAUCCUCCCUUGCACUCAUUUGGUAGCAAAUCACAUAUUCUUCGCCUUUGUACUCAAAAUAGAUGUGCUUGGUUUUCAAAAAGUAUUUUGACGAUCAGAUGUAGUUAGGCAGCCGCGUCUGGGGUAAACAAACCCCAUUCAGAGAUGUUUUGGCAGAUGCUGAAUAAUUCAUAUUGACCCAACUGUGAAAACCUCGGUGCCUCGGUGGGAUUCGACUCCACUUGCGUCGUCCGGCGGGGCUUCGUAGCUCAAGUGUUUAAAGCGUUGGCUGUACUAAAGCCUUCUCCUUACUACAGGGGUUCGAAUCCUACCGAGGCGCCGAGUUUUUCACAGUUAGAUCAAUAUGAAACAACCCCCAGCCGCCUGUGAUAAGGGACCGGCGGUAAUAGGGCAUUUUAUGGAUGGAGCGAGAAAUACACAGGCUAGGUGUUCAAGUAAUUGCAUACUAAUUAAAAGCUAUUGGGAAUGCACGGUUAUAACUGAGUGAUUGCGAAAUAGUUAUCCCAACCCCUAACCAUAACCUGUAACCUAAACUCCUAACCCAUACCCUUAACCCCUACAAGUAUUAUGUCCACCAGGUACGGCUGCACAACGACAUCUUACCGUUCUAGCUUCCGAAUGAUUGCGAGUCUCAUUUUCUGUUACACACGUGUAAAGGAUUUGUAUAAAUAAAGUUGUAUACUUUCCAUAUAGGGGAAAUUAUACAUUCAUCUAUACCAUCACCAGAAUAUCAUAUAGGUCUCAUGAAAUUUCGCACUGACUAUGAACUACAUGGUAUACUCUGUAAGCAGGAUAAAUAAGCCAACAUAUACGAUUAUAUUUAAGUGGACAUCUAUGAGCCGUAAAGGUCCCAUAAUUCGAAGCUUUUCAAAAACCAAAUGAUACCCAUCUCGGAGGGAAAUUUGCAAAGAGGACGUGAUCUGAUCUCAAGAGAUUACACGAACGGAUACUGUUAUGCUUUCUUUUGUCAAAAGACAUUCAAAUUUGUAAGGGCACCAAAACUCGAUAAAGAAAAUUUCUAGGGUUUCAAUUGUGGUAUCUGCGGGCGGCCGAGAAGAAGUAAAUUUAGGAGUCAGCUGUUCGAAGUGACUGAAACAUCGUGGGGUUAGGCAACACUAUACGCAAUACCACAAUCACGCAUAAGUUAUUCUUUAUUAGCAAAGUCACAUUUGAGAAUUUAUUUGAUGCAGAAUGAAAUUUAGCCAACCAUCUUCUCUUAAGUAUUUCAAAUUGGGAACGCAUUUCAGGAUUCCAGUUGACUUUAAUAUGCUCGGUUACUGACUGUUGGCCCAGCUUUAUUCCCGAAUGUGCUUACUAAGGAGGAGAUAAAUGACCAAUCUGAUUGAACCUCCAAACUUUCGCACAAAAGCUUCAGGUAAUUUGCGACAACGUACUUGCAUUAGUAAGAACUCCCUUAUUUAUCGCCAGUAGCCGUAAUUAGUGCAGCGAGUGUUUGCUCAUCCCAAGCCGAGCAGUAAAUCAACACAGUAGCUAUAUUUGGCGAUGUACACCUAAAUUAAGUGAAACUCUGGUGUUUAAUUAGCUCCGAAAUUUACUUCCAUCGUCGUAAAAGACGGGUGGCUGGUUACGGUAAGAAGACUACUAUGGUAUCAGCCAAACGCAUCGCCGUGAUUGUCGUCUUGAAACCCCAGCUGCCACAAAAUUUUGAUACGCAACAAAUUUGACUGGUUUUUCCGUCAGUGAUGAGUGUGUUAGUCAGUCCUCUACUCGUUCGUAGAAUUUAACCAAUCUGCACAUCCAAACCAGUGUUGUCUGUUUCCCCAACUGUACAACAAUUGACAGCAUAAUGCACCGUGACACAACUUUUCAAAUGAUCGCAAACAGCAGCUUGCUCCAUUUGCGCCUUUGAUUGGUCGAUCGGAAUACCAUUUACCUUUCGUGUAACAUUACAAGGUGUUAGAACGAUUGGGUUCCGCGGAAAACAUGAACACCUUGAGGGCUUCCAGCUCUCACUGAACUGCAGUCUUAUCCACCUGUCAUGUCGAUGAAUCCGCUCUGAGCAAAACGAGUUGAAGCAGUCCUUCCUUAACUAUCAUACGCAUAGAAUGUCUGCAAGGCUGCGUAAUCGUUCCUGUACCCAUUUGUUCGCUGGUUGACAGUUUCUAUAAACUCAGUCGUUAUAGAAGAAUGUCGAGAGACAGUGGAUCAUCGCCCUCAAUCGACUGGGUUCUGCGGAGAACAAGAACGCCUUGAAGGCCCCCCAGUACUCGCUCAACUGCUGCUCAAGUGACUGGUCAGAUCAUAAAAAGUUAAGCCGGUUCUUCCAUGACCGCUACAAGCGCGGAAACUUUCAAGGAUGCUGUUGUCAUUGCAGUACUCAUUUAUUCGCUAGGUGACAGUUUCUCUAAACGCAGUCGUUAUAGAGGAUUGUUGAGCGGCAAUAGACAGUUACUGUUGCCCAUAAUUUUAUAAAAGCUGUGAAUUGAUUUCUAGACCUUGUAGUUUUUCGUCUUCUUGUUACGUAUUGCACAUACUCGACUUGAUCACUAGCAAACUCUUUCGUAAAUGCUAUGCCUUUAUGUGGUUCACAACUUCUUUACGCUCUCCUUGCAUUUUUCACGCCUGUCGUUUUUGAGAAUGCUUGUCUUUCUACAUAAUCAAGUUCUCUUAAUCACAUAUACAUUGGCCGUUCCAUUAUUACCCGUGAUAUUAUUCCCUCUCAGAUACGAUCGGGUACUCAUCGAUCUCAGUUCCAAGCCCAGCUGGUACUUGCAAUUGUAUCCGGUCGGGAAGGUCCCAUUACUGCUUUAUCGGGGUGAGAGAAUGGCUGAGUCAGAUGUUAUUAUGAAGUAUGUCGAUCAGUUUAAAGGUGCUGGAUCUUCACUACUGAGCGUGUGUGGUGAAGAAGGCUUCAAGAAGGCUUUGGAGUUGUCAUCUGCAGUACGUCUGCUGACUUUUAUACUCUCUGCUAAUUCACAAAAUUUUGGUUUGUGUAAAACACAUUUUUCUGGACGAAAUGGUCUUAAAUUCAUCAACCAGUCUAGUUCUUUCUAGUCUACCACUGCAUCGCUGAACAUGCGCAUUCAUGCACCAUCACCGUAAUUAUCAAUAGCAUAAUCACUGGUGCAAUCCUCAAAAUCAGCAACAGUAACUGCGUUAUCACUUACAGCAAGGGAAAUAUUAGAAACGAUAUUUCGACCGUCCUUGUUGACAAUGUCCACCGGGCCCCGUACAGUACGAUAAGAGUAGGCGACAUGACCGGCGUACAAGUUAUUAAAAUGAUAGUAAACUUCCGCUGCAUUUAUCACAUUUUUGGUUUUUCCCUCAACCGAGCAAGGUGUCCAGACAGCGUCAAGACGUGAGGAGGCACAGGUGACUGGCGCGGCGAGAACCCUCACCUAGGCGUACCAGCACACCUGGUCCAGAUUAUGCAUUGACCGGGUGUUUAUAAAUCAAGAAAAAGAGGAGAUAGUCGAGAUUCAAGGUGGUAUGGGGUGUGCCUGCAAGUAGGCAUGUCAACAUACCCCGAAUGUUGGCAUUUGUUAUUGCUGCCCAUUCUUAAUAAGACUCUCCAGGUUCUCCUCCAACCAUCAUGUGCAUGUACGACGCAACCCGUUUUAUGGCUAGUAACAGCUAGCAAACAUGCAUUCACAAGUGAACCGAAAGAAUGUUCGAACACCAGCAAAGUUUGUUAAACUUUGGACUAUGGAUUUCAGCUUUAAUAUGGUUCGUUUUCUACGAGGGCACGCUUGCAGUACCAGCAAGCUCGAUGGCGGCGGAUAAAGCUGGAUGCAUUGAUAUAUGCAUUUUAAUCUGCUGUUUGACUGCUCAUGUCAUUUCCAUUCGGAGAAAAGUUAACUUAUAAACUACUAGUCUGCCUUUACGUACUUUAGUAGAAUGUUUAACGCAGCGAGAUCCACUUAAACUUAAAUUCUCUGACCGGGGACUGAACGUUGAACCAAAAGAGUAUAAGUAAUAUAGCCCUUAACAUUGAGGUAUAAUGUCCAAAUAACUUAACACGUUUGCACUGCCGAGAAUAGAACUACGGAAACUAAUCUAUCAUUCCCUUGCAUGGUUUAGUAUACUUACGUUCACCAUGCAUAGGUACGAUUGACACUUCAUGGUUUUCCACUUUUACAAUAAAAUGUCUUCAUCCCUACCUAAAGCGUGACAUGCUUCCUUUUUGCAUGUGCUAUCCAGAUUGCUGCUCCCCGUUACAAACUCUGUUUCUCACCGGAGCCAACCAAAGCCGAUGCUGAUGCCCUAAAAGCUGCUCUAUCAAAUCUUGAGAAAGCCAUCAAGGGUCCUUACCUGAUGGGUAGGUCCAUUACCACUCCUGAGUUCUUCAUGAUUUGCGUGACAUCACUGGCCAGCAUUCACCUCCUUCGUCAGGAUCCUCUCUGGAAUCGAGGACAUAGGGCUUAAACGAAGCAAGCGCGACUGCUAACUUGGCCGAAUUUUCAGCUUGUCUUCUUGAAGCGUGUCAUGCGCGAACUUUGUUUAUGACCAUUUCCCAUUCUGUUGCCCGAAACAAAUUGACAGGGGAACCUGAGACUCCCAUACUAGAGGUGGCUGUGCGUCAAAUUCCAGGGAGUACCUACUCCCGUGUAGUGAAUUUAGCCUAAGUCCUACUACUACAUCUCGUCUCCCCAACCUGUCUAUAAUUCUGAUUAUUUUAAACCUAAAACACACCUAGGCUGCCUGUAAUGCAAGAAUCUGCGUUUGCAUGCCCUACCGCUAGGAUGACACCUAAUGAUACAGUACCGUCUUAAUAUUUUAAUUUGAAUGAUGAUCGAAUUUUUGUUAAUAUAUGCGUACUAUGCUUGGUUGAACACGACCAGUAUGACGUAAGUUCGUCUGUUAUUUUUGCCGGGUUUUGCCAAAAGGGAACGGAAAUGCUCCCAUUUGGUUAUGAUAUUACUGUUUUUUGAAAAAAACGGCUAACAAUAAGACUUUCCUUCCUAUUUUGACUCCAAAGGUAAUGAAGUGAGUCUGGCUGACUUGGCUCUAUUCCCCUUCCUGCAAGCCUGGGACUUCCUGAUGAGUCGACUAUUGGAGAUUGACGAGAACGCUGGUGACACUGUUGAUACCGUCGCUUCCAAGUGGCCGACAGUGCAAAAGUACUGUCAACUCAUGAACCAGAAGCCCUACAUCAAAAAGACCGCCUUCCAAGAUGAUGAAUUCAUCAGACUUGUGGAAAGUCGCAUUCCAAAAAAGCCAGAUGCAAGGCAAUAG